AUGGACCUCGUGCAAAAGUCGCUUCUCCUCGUCGCCGGCGGUCGGGAGCUGGCUUUGGCGAAAGCUGCCUUCCCUGGCAAGGAGACGCGUGAGGCCAAGCCGGGAAUCCGCGCCCCUGGCGCUACCAUCAAAGCCCACGAGACGCUGAUGGAUGUGGGAGGCAUCGUGUCUCGAAAAGCGCAGUUCGUCCCGGCGUUCCUGUCGGCGCUCAACGAUGGUUUCACCUGCCACAAGCAGCCCAACAGCACCAUCCCGGAAGAGAUCGCAGGAACCCGGGAGGAGGACGAGGUGCAAGCGGCCAUUGACGCUAUGCAGAAGGAGAGCUACCACGACUCCGUGACCGUCGUCCGUGACUACACUCGCUACAGGAGUGCCCUCGAUGGCGAGAUCAAAGCCAAUGAGCAGAAUGGCCAAUAA